AUGCACGUGAUCAUUUUGAUUGGGAGGACCGCGGUGAUCUUCCUUGCCGGAAAAACAGAUUCCAGGCGAUCGCUGUGUUUUGCGGCAUUCCACAGCAAUUCUGUCACUAGGGCAGCUUCGUCCUGGUUUGGAGGUCUUUUGAUAUCUCUUUCACUUCGCGGGAAACGAUGGAAAACAAACACGAAGGUGUGCGCCGGCAAGGAAAGAUACAGCAAUCUGCCAGAUGAGAUCAUGAAAGCUGUCAGCAACCAAAUAUAUGGUGUGGUGGAUAGCAAUUCUGAUGCUGACCUGUACCACAAAGUUCUCAGCUUUAUCAGUGUGAACGGCGUCGGUGAGUCCUGGGAGAUUCGACAGUCUGCAAAUCCCACUGGAGCGGAACUCACUGCGCAGCCUGGUCUUGGAUGGCACCUGAGUGAUUGGAAAGGUCAAAAGAUUCGCAGCCUUCACUUUGAGCAGGGACAGCGGAAGGUUGCCAUCUUCAUCGAAGGAGGCGACAAGGAAGAGCUGUUGCACUUCUUCCGGAGCUGCAAGAAACAUGGUCAGGACGAACAAGAUGCGAUGCAGGUGCCAAGACCCAAGUUUUGGGUACAGGAGCUGGUUGAGGCAGCCCUUCGAGAAGGAGAAGAGACGGAAAAAGAUGAGAGCGAUAGUACAGAAGACGCAAGAUGGAGUGAGCUGAAGAAGGAUGAGGCAGACAAACUUGGUGCAAAGAGACUAGGCACGUGUUCCUACUUUGACACUACGUCCUGUAUGGAAACCAGUUGGCAGUGGCCAGUAGUGUAGUCUGUCUCCUACUUUGGCAGAUUGUUAGGUCUCCUUAGGAUGUCUUUUUUUGGGUCAGCUGUUGCUCAAGCCAUGAAUAGAGCUCUGAAGUGUCCUGUGUCGACAGGGCAAAGCGGGAAAGAAUCCCUUGUUGGCAACUGUCUGCCGAUGUGAUCAAAGAGAUGCGAACAAGGUAUUCUUAUGUAUUCUUCUUAUAUUUUGUUUACGAAAGCUGGAGUCUCUGCAGAUGCAAGAACCGAC